AUGACUUAUAAGGGUAUGUUAUUUUAUCAAGAAAAAGAAUUCUGUUCCACAAUACUAACAAUGUAGUUAACGAUAAAUUUCCAGUCAGUGUCUCAUUACAAUAUAUUCCAUACUCCAAAGAGAAGGGUGAAAUUAUUGCUUGUUCCAAUCCAACAAGCUUCAACUUAGAAAAGGAGCUUCCCGGAAAAAGAAUUGUCAUAACUUCGGCAAUAGGAGCAUUCACUCCACCAUGUACCGAAGAUCAUUUGCCAACGUAUUUGAAUAACAUCAAGAAUUUCAAGUCCAAGGGAGUUGAUAAAAUCAUUGUUCUUACCGAUAAUGAUCCAUUUGUCAACAGUGCAUGGGGCAAGGCAUUGGGAUACAAGGACGAAGAAAACUACGUAAUUUUCGCAACUGAUCCAAAUGCUGCUUUGUCGAAAAAUUUGGGCAAAGAGUUUAUUGCAGAUAUGACCGACGAUGGUUUUGGUGUCAGGACAAGCAGAUAUGCAGCGAUCAUUGAUAAUGGUGUUAUCAAGUAUUUGGAGAGCGAAGACGGUGGUGGGUUUACCUCUACAACUAAUGCCAAUGACUUGCUAAAGAAGCUUGAGUGAGAACUAUUUAUUUAGUCGAGAUUUAGUCAAUUAUAUGAUAUAAAAUUACUUUAGACUGUAGUCUAUCUCUAUGAAGUAUACUAUAAGGAUCGUCUAGGUCUAUAAGAGCUUAUGCCGUAUAUUAGCUUGUUUUAGGUGUAUAUUUGCUAUUUAUUGUUAACUAUUGAAAAUGCGGGUAACAUAUUCAACCUUCAGGGGUUCAGAAUCACCUGAAUCGACCGACUCAAAUGGACACUGUUUUCAAAGGACAAGUGGGCUAUUUCUUUACAAUUAUACGAAGACCAUAUAAUAUAAAAUGGUAUGUAUAGCACACAAUGAAUUGCAUUUGAGGAGAAUUUAACGUCAUUGAUUGAUUGAUUAAAUGAUUAAUUCUACAUUGAUUACGAUUCGCCUUACUCUUACUCUACGCAGAUGAUACUAACGCAUUUAUAGUCUAGAUCAGGGUAUGUUUUAAAAGGCUUCAGUACAAAGGAUUAAAAAUGAACUCUACUAACCAUAAAUUCUAGUGUUGCCGUUGCAGAUGAAUCAUUAACUGCCUUCAAUGAUUUGAAGUUGGGUAAGAAGUACAAGUUUAUUAUUUUCGCUUUAAACGACCAGAAAACCGAAAUUGUUGUUGAAGAAACCUCAACUAGCUCGGAUUACGAUGCAUUCUUAGAGAAGUUACCAGAAAACGAAUGUAAAUAUGCGAUUUACGAUUUUGAAUACGAAAUCGGUGGUGGUGAAGGUAAGAGAUCCAAAAUUGUGUUCUUCACAUGGUCCCCUGAUACCGCCCCAAUUAAAUCCAAGAUGAUUUACGCCUCUUCCAAGGACGCUUUAAGAAGAGCAUUGAACGGUAUUUCUUCCGAUGUCCAAGGUACUGACUUUUCUGAAGUUGCUUACGAAUCUGUUUUAGACAGAGUUAGCAAGGGUGCUGGUUCUCAUUAA